AUGGACUGGUUAAAAAGUGUACAAGCCUCCAGGAUAUUCCCCACAAGUGAUGACAGUAUUGAGAACUAUGAUAACACAAAACUGCUAGCCAUUUUAACAGAAGAAAUAAAACCACAGCCAAUUGUACCACAAGACGUGGUGGAUCUGUUUGAUACACUCCAAGCCAACCCACAAUUCGUGAGCUUCGCAGAGGAUGUACAACGAACCAUGGUGUUGGAUUCCAUGUACAAGCCUUUAGUGUUUGGGCAAUGGAUAGAAAAGGGGUACUCCCCAGAAAAGAUUCUCGACAUUUUUUUUGCGCACAAGUCUGUGGAUGUUAAAGUCACGAAUCCACUGUUUUUGGCGUGGCUUGAAUACUUCACGUGGUACUGGAAACUUGUUAAAAGUAAAAGCCCAUUGCGCUACGCUGAAUUUCUGAAGGCACUACGCAAAUACUUGUCGGAAGAGAAUCUGGAUAAAAUGAUUUCAUCACUACAGUUUAAGGAGGCUUUUUUAAAAGAGCAGGUUGAGGGCGUGCGGGACGACUUCGAAAGCAUACUAUGGACAUGGCAGAAUCCAGACAGUCCUGCGCUAUUGUGGGUACUCAAUUACGUCUUUCAGUACAGGAAACAGUCUACAUUUUCCAACAUCAUGCUGUUUAAAUUGUUGAUGUUCAAACUCUCGUUUAAAUCGCUGAUGAAGUUGUUAAGAUCUCAAAGUGAAUACCCGCAGCUAAAAAUACUAGCAGACGAUAUGCUGCAGUUUUCUUCCACAACAAUGCUUACGACUUUGGCGGAAUAUGAAGUCAACCCUGAGGAAUACUUUGAACACCUUUUCAGUUUAUACGGUACGGCUGCUACGUCUUCUGAGCCAGAAACCAUGGAAACUUCACAGCAAAAUAAAAGCUUUGACAUUGCUUUACAGUACCUCAAAUAUGCUCUGGUGUUUGAUGUACAAAUAAAAAAGAUGACAUAUGAAAACAGCAUCAGCGAUUCAUUUAUCUUUUUAGAUGAUAAAAUGCAUGAUAUGUUGAGUCAGCAUUCGAAAGAGUUACAAGACAAUGUGGAGAAAUUCAUGCAAGAUUUGGGAUUUGUGGAGACUGGAUAA